AUGCUGACGCAAUUAUAUGGUGUUGUUGAGCAAACUGAACAUUCAAAGUUGUUCGCUCAUGUCAAGCACAAUCAACACCUUUGCUUGUCUUUCGACUUCACGUCUCUCGACGAGACUGAUUCGCUCGCCAUAUCAUCAUCAAUCUCCUCCAUAGUGGACAUAUCCUUGCAACUAUUUGUGCGGAAUUACUCUGCCCAACUCAACAUUGCCAAAGGCCACCAAUUAUCCGAUGAUACUGGCGAAAUGUUUCAGGAAGUACUCGUGCACCCGCGUCCACAGUUCUGGUUUACCGUUGCUCGUGAUUGUCGACACUUCGAUGCACCGUUCUUUAAACCUCCCCCGCCCAAACGAAGAGUCAUAAAUGAAUUCGGGAAUCUUGCAUUCAAUGGCUUCGAGUUCAGGAAUGUUGUGCCGCCCUCCAGUCACGAAGUUUCUCAGGCUAUGGACAUCCAUCUUUGGGAACCCUUGAUCGCCAACCGUAGGACAAUUCAGAAGCUCGUCCUCUCUGGAUGCACUCUCGUUCAACACUCGUUAAUUCACCGACUGGGCCUCACCAUUCCUCCACAACUGGUAUCAGCUUGUGGGUUCACAAUAGGAGAAGCUCAGAUGUUUGCGGAAUCUCUCCUCGAAGAUUUGGACCAGGGGGACAUUGACGAUAUGCAAGCGUCAUGUGGUAGGUACUCGUUUUCGGAUGCACCCUCAGAGCCGCUCUUGCAUCCUCAAAAGGUCAUUUCAUGGGUUCAGCGAUUUUCCCGCCCUGAUAAUGAGGACGCUUCCCAAGACAUGUGUUUCAAACUGCUGUCCAGCAUUCUCAGGAUGUUGCCAUCCGAGUCGGAUGAUUUUGAAGGACUUUCUCUCGUUGACGUUAUGUCGUUGGUGGCCGCCGGCCACGUUGUGCCGCCACCACAAACUGCGUAUUUUGUCGGUGACGAUACAACUCGUCCGACUUGGCAAGCCUUCAUUGGAGCGGGUGCGUUGGAAAGAGACUCCCAGCACCCACAGACGCUGCGGUUGUCGAACUGCCCCGGUGUCAUCCCAGUGCUUCACUCCUACCUCGAUGAUGCAGUGACGGAGCGAUACGACCCGACCCGAAGACUCUUCUUUUAUUGGGAAGAUUUAUGCUCUCACAAACCGAAUAUGCUGCUCAGGUUGUUGGAGCGAAUGAUGCGCGACCUUGGCAAACGUUGUUUGUUACAGAACAGCGAGCUCAAUCUUCACGGGGUCUUUGAGCUUCUAUGGCGAAAUGCAGUAGAUUUGCAAUCUGAAGAAGACCGACCGGAGAAGCCCUUCGUCUAUCAUCCUUACACGGCCACGCCAACGAUCAUCGAGAUUCCAGCGUUUGGAGGUCAAGAAACGGUCUCGGUCGAGCUCGUCACGCUGACUUUGGCUGGACUCUGGCGUGGUGCCAACCCCAAGAACGAUCACCAAGAGCCCACGCGCGAUGAACUGCAAAAGCUGUUUGACAUCGUUCAAGACGAAGACGAAACCACUUUGUUAGCUCGACAGUACACAGUCUGGUCUUCGACUCUCAAUGCUGUGGAAACAAAUUUUGUCGAGAGUUUCAUGCGGAAAGAGCCUAGCCACGUACAACUUGUUGCCGUCGGUGGCUCGCAUGUGCUCUACCGAGGUCCAAGGGAGCAACACGAGGCGAACGACGCUUGCGUUAAUUGUGGUCAUUGCGAGGAGAAGCCGUUAGAUCUACCUGAUGAGGUUAUGUUUGGCAAGUGGGAGUAG